GCGCCCAGUGUUGUGGCCUAUAAAACGGCCUGGGUCCCCCUCUCGUCCCACUCCUCCCUCUCAGCCUCACGACGUCUCGUCUCGUCUCCUGCGCGUUCCGGUUCCCACCCCACCAUUAACGCCCUCCCUGCUCAGGACUUGCUAGUGGGGGACGAGGAAAGAAGGGACCUUUUGUUUUCCGCGGUUUCUUGCAAUCCUCACCAAGUCACCAUGCUAAGGAAGUCCCAAGGAGGUUACCGGCUGGGCCGGAAGCUGCUCGGCGUGUGGCGGUGGGCGCUCUGCGGCCGGCGCCGGCGCCACGGAGGCUACCUCCGCCUGCAGCAGCGUUGCGGCGGCGGCCACUGCGGGGACCGCGCGGCCAGGAGGCUCGCGCCGGUGCUGCGGUGGGGCCGGUCGCUGGCGCGGCGGCUGAGGCUCGGGUGGAGGGCCGGCGGGAAGCGCGCGCUGGAGGACGGCGGCGACGGCGGCGAGCCGGCGGUGACCACGCCCAAGGGGCAGGUGGCCGUGUACGUGGGCGGCGGGGAGGCGUCGCUGCGGUACGUGGUGCCGGUGGUGUACUUCAACCACCCCAUGUUCGGGGAGCUGCUGAGGGAGGCCGAGGAGGAGUUCGGGUUCCACCACCCCGGCGGCAUCACCAUCCCCUGCCCCGCCGCGCGGUUCGAGCAGGCCGCCGCCCUGGCCGCCGCCGGGAAGAAGGGACUCGCCAGGUGGUAGUGGUAGUAGCAGGGGAGUCGCUGCAGCAGUCGGUUAGGGAGGGAGAGAUGCCCCUGACCGCCGCCGGCCGGCCGGGCGGCGGCGGCGGCGGAUGGUGUACAUAUGUGUGUUUCCAUCGGAAAGGGGCUAGCUAGCUAGCUGAUUUUGUUCGUUCGAUUCUUGGUCAUGUGUGUUGACUGAUGCCUCCUGCUGUUCUUUGUUUCUCGAUGCUAUUACUAUUCUUGUUCAGAUUUCAGAA